AUGGCAAAAGGUUCAGCUUUAGCAUCCAUGCAAAUUCCCCUUGUGCUAUUACUGGCAAUCUUUGUUUGUUCAGAAGCUAAUCCUCUUGACCCUUACUAUUGCUGCCGUGGAAAGGAAACAAAUAUUACUGUGUACCUUCAAGUGUUUACGGGCAGACCAAAUACCACCAGUGUUGCAGUUGCCGGCGCCCCUGGUAAGCCGAGAACUCCCUCCAAUUUUGGAACCAUUAUUGUUAAUGAUUUUAACAUAACACAAGGCAUCAGCAACAAUUCUCCAACUAUUGGUCGGGCCCAAGGCAUUGAGAUAGCUUCAUCCCGUGAUGGAUCAAGGCCACUGGGCAUAUUUUCCCUCCGUUUCUCCAACUCCCAAUACAACAGUAGCACAUUGGAAUUCCAAGGAGCAGGAUAUAACUUACAAGUUGGUAGUCCGGCGAGAGAAGAUCCAAUAGUUGGUGGCACCAAAACGUUUAGGUUUGCUCGGGGAUAUGCAUUUUUUCAGACAGUUCUACGAAGGCCGGCACGGAAUAAUACGGUUAUAAGGGGCGAUAUUACCGUAAUCUCAUGCCCAGGAGGAGGGAAAGUUUGAAUAAUAAAGGAAAAACUAAUAAUAAGGAAAGCCAAUUACAUACCAUAUACGUACUUGGUGAUAUAUGUUUCUUAUGAACUACUUGUUCACUAGACUAUCUUACUAAGAAAUCCAUCAAGGAGGAUGGGAAAAAAUAACUAAUAAAAGAAAAAUAAAAAUUAAGGAAACCAAGUAUAGAUUUUUAUCUUUAUUGUGGACUUAUAUGUACUCGGUGAUCAAUGUAUGACGUUUC